CAGCAUUCAUUUAAACUGAGUAUAAAGCGCCGCUUGGUUAACCGCUUAGAGUGGCGCCAGAGUUUUGAACGGUGCUGCCUGGGUCGUCUGGCCGGUCGUCUUGGUGUCGUCAGGAUUGCAGGACGCGAUGACCGUCCCCUCCGCCGAGGAGCUGGACUCCUUCAAGUAUAGUGACCUGCAGAAUUUAGCCAAGAGUCUGGGCCUCCGCGCUAACCUGAGGGCAGACAAGUUGUUAAAAGCCCUGAAAGCUCACCUGAAUCCAGAAGCAAGAAAAGAAAAUAAGAAUCAAGGCGAAAAUCAAACUUCUGUGUUCUCCUCUGAUGAGACUGAGAUACAAAUUAACAGUGACGACCAAGCUCAGAAGGAACCAGUUGGUCGUGUUACCAAAAGGAGAAGGAGGUGCAAGACAGCCCAUGGGAUCUGUAACUCCCAGGAGGAUCAUUCAGAAAUAAAAAUAAGUGAUCCUACUGCAUUAGAGAAUCAGGAAAAGCAGGAAAACCAAGACUGCAGAACUUCUACCAAAGGUUCUCUGCCAGACCAGAACCCAAGAGAUGAGAGUGCAGUUUCCUCUGGAAAAAGCAAAGUAAAUGGCAAUGAAGAUUCAAAGGAACCUUCAGAAAAAAGAUCUCUGUGCACAGAUGGGCUUUCCAAACUUGGGAACAAUAAAAGAACUGCCGCCACUACACCAAAUUUUAAGAGGCUUCAUGAGGCUCAUUUUAAAAAAAUGGAAUCCAUUGAUGAAUAUGUUGUAAGAAGAAAAAAGCACUUUAAAGAAGAUAACUCACUUUAUGAACUAAAGAAGCAGCUCAACAAAAAAGGAGGGUUAUUGACUCCAGUUCCACCAAAAGGAAGAGUCUCUAUUCCCUGUACUCCGACCAGCCAGCAGCGCUCACGAGGCCAGUCCUAUGGUCCUGAGAGUCAGAGUACUGUGUGUCUGAAGGGGUCGGUCAGGCACUCUGUACUGUCAGCAACUAAAAUGAAUGUCAGGUUUUCAGCUGCUACUAAAGAUAAUGAGCAUAAGCGCUCACUGACGAAGACUCCAGCCAGAAAGUCUCCACAUGUGAGCAUAUCUGGGAAUGUCUCAAAAGGCCAGGCUGUACUCAGGACACCAAAGUUAAAGACGACUGAGCGGAAUUCUGCUGCUGUUGUUACCCCAUUCAAGUUGACAGCUGUAGUAACAAAGACUCCAGGCUCUCAGAAGAAACCAGUAUUUGAUCUCAAAGCAAGUUUGUCUCGUCCCCUCAACUAUGAGCCACAUAAAGGAAAGCUGAAACCAUGGGGGCAAUCUAAAGAAAAUAAUUCUCUUAAUGAACCUGUAAACAGAGUUAGUUUCCACAAGAAAACUUACAAACAGCCUCGUGUCCAGACCAGGGAAGAACAGCGGAAGAAACAUGAGCAAGAGCGAAAGGAGAAGAAAGCAAAGGUUUUGGGAGCUCGAAGAGGCCUGGUUACGAUUAAAGCCCAAUAAUCCUAAUUCCUUUAUUCCCAACUUGUUUUCCUUUGUAAAUAUUUUUAUACUGACUUUCCCCAUAUUAGUCAAAGGUCAUUUUCUGCCAUAACCUUUGCUCGUAGUCUGUGUAGCAUCUGCGAGUUCUUCAUGUGCUAUAGCUUGGAAAAGACACAAUCACUUUGCAGCUCAUAAAUUCUUGGGAGUAGUUUUUACCUAAGCCCUUGUACAACAUAGUUUUCUAAUGAGACCCAUCCUCAUUAGAUUCUUAACAUAGAUUUUUCAUGUCAAGGACUUUCUGCUAGUUCUAAUAGUAACAGAUCUACAAUCAUUUUCUGGACAAAAGCAUUUCUCUGAUGGCAGUUAUGGCAGAAUCUUAUCAUAAUAAAAUUAAAAGGAAAGCAUAGAGAAGGGUAGGAUGGAAAGGCCCUUUGUCUACAAAAUCUAGUAAUCCAACUAAAUUAGGACAAUGUAUUGAUUAUAGGAUCAACGUUCUACCAUAGUGAAAAAUGUUUUAAUCUUGUAAAAGCCUUGUUCAGAUUAUUUCAUAUAAAUGCCACUGUCACUCUUACUACCAACCUGUUAAAAGAUUAAACAAGGCUGUAUCAAAGUUUGAGGGUGGAGGGUAUGCCUCAGUUGUACAGCACUUGUCUACAUGAAUUUGAUUCCUAGUACCACCAAACAGAGAAGGAGCGAAUUGCUGGUAUAAGGAUUACUAUUACUGUCAAACUUAAAUCUUACUAAUUUUCUGGAAAAGGUAAGAGUUGCUAAGCAUAUCUUUGUUCCUUGCUCUACCAUGUAGAGAUUCUGAGUUGUAUAAUGCUUAAGAUUUCAUAAUAAAAAAGUUUUUCGCUG